GCGCUCCUCUAAGUAUCAAGAAAUGAAUAGCGUCCUUGUCCUAUUCUUUUGUGCGCCCACAUUAGCAUUUCCACAAAGUAAAGUUGCCAUUGAACCACUGGAGAUUCUUUGUCAAGAUGGAUCAAAACCCGAAACCGUAUGCAAACAGGCACCCUGUGGUCCAGGAAACCCUACAACCAUCACAUGUGAUAAGAAACCCAGUAUAAGUGUAGUACAGGAGAACAGUAAUCAACCACAACUUGGAUCACAAAUUCAGCAGCUAGGGUCAGAGCUACCACAGUUAUCACAGAUUGGAGCACAAUUACCACAGUUAGCAUCACAGAUUGGAGCACAGUUUCCACAGCUAGGAUCACGGUUUCCACAAUUGGUAAGCGGCCUCUCACAGUUUCUGAAUAGUGGAGUAUCUCAAAUCAUGAAUAAUCUGCCUGGAGGAAGGCAACAGGUUGGAAAUGGUUUUCCCCAACUUCCUAUAAACCUACCCAGAGACAGUGAUCUUCUUGGUAAUUUACCCUCCAGAGUAAGUAGUCUACCAGGGGGUCUACUUAACAACCUGCCCUCAGGACUUACUAACUUAUUCGCGGGUAAUAAUUAGAUCCAAGGGUUCACAAUCCAUCAUAAUGAGUAAAUUUUGCCCCCUACAAAAUUAGAAAACAUUUAACAAUCUGUAUUUCCGUAAUAUCGAACAA